UUUAGGCGUCCACUACGAGUACAUUAACACAGGAAAGUCAAAACUACUCAUGUAUAAGGGAUACACAUUUUCACACCAAGGCCCAAAACACAGUAGAAGUUUCUAUUGCUCCAGAAAAAUUAGCAGUAGGUGUCAGGCUCGUCUGAUAUUGCAUGCGGAUGGAUAUAUAAGAAAAGAGUUUACUGAUCAUAAUCACAAGAAACCUGUUUAUAAAAAAAUCGGUGGUAGCCUGGACUACGAAUUCAUUAAUGUGGGGAAGACGAAACUGCUAAUGUAUAAAGGAUACACAUUCUCACGCCUAGGCUCAAAAUCCAGUAGAAGUUUCCAUUGCUCCAGGAAGAUAAGCAUCAGAUGUCAGGCUCGGGUGAUCUUGGAUGAGAGUGGAUAUAUAAUAAGAGAGGAUACUGAUCAUAACCACGAAAAACCGGUUUAUAAAAAAAUCGGUGAUAAUUUUAUAAGAAUUUAUCAAUUUUACGAGUUUAUAACCGUGGGGAAGUCAAGACUACUUCUAUACCAAGGCUACACGUUCUCCAGCAAAGGGCCGAAGACCGGGAGACACUACUACUGUUCUAGGAUGAUAAGUGGCCGGUGUCCGGCGCGUAUCACCCUGGACGAACGUGGCUAUAUCGCGAGGGCUUCCACGGAGCAUAACCACAAACAACCGGUUUAUACGAAGAUCGGUGAUCAGUAUAUAAAAAUUUCCUAAUUUUAUUAUUUUUUUAUUAGUAGGUACUUUAAAUCUCACU